CCGGGGCCGGGGGAGGGCAGAGGCCGCCCGCCCCGCCGGGAUUGCGCCGGGAGCCGCGGUGGGAACGGCACCGAGGCACGAUGCGGGCACCGCUGCUGCUGCCGCUACUGCUGCUCGGUGUCAGCUCUCAGGAUGAUGCAAAGACACCUCCUCCAAGCACAGGAAAGAUUGAGCAGAUCAUCACGGCUGCACGCACCACCAAGAAGCAAGAGACCACUCCUACAAGCAAACCAGGAAACCCACCGUCCACCUCUAUGCAGUCACGCGCCCCAGUUCAAGGGACCACUACUGUAAGCAAGCCAGGAAACCCAGCGCCCGUCUCUGUGAUAGCACCCACCACAGUUCAAAGGACGACCCCUACGAGCAACAGGGAAAGCCCAUCAUCCACCCCUGCAAUGUCAACCGUCACUGUUCGAGGGACCACCCCAACCAACAAGCCAGGAAAACCACCACUCUCCCCUACCACAUCACCCCAACCAUCACAGCAGGUCAGCUCUUCAACCAGCUCCAGGACCUCAGCAGCCAUCCCUGCUGUCACCUCCGGUAUGACACAGGAGAAGACCAGCCCUCCAGCCAGCUUGGGAAUCCCAGCAGCCACCACUGCUGCAAGUCCUGUCCUCACACAUGUGAGCAGCCCUCCAGCCUCCCCAGGGAGUAUAGGGAGUGGUGUCUCAUCCUCUCCUGAUGUGAAAGCUCAGGGAAGCCAACCUUCAGUCCAGUUGACCACUACCGCUGCAAGCACCGGGGUCCCAGGUAGCAUCCUUCCCCCUGAGGUCAAGGACUAUGGUGUCCCUUCUUCCACAUCUGUCACCCAGCAGCCUCACUCUUCUGCCAGUUCUCCAGGCCAGGGACCAGCCUCUUCCACCAGACCUGGAAGCAUCAACACUUCUGUUCCCCCUUUUGGUGGAUCCGUGUCCCCCACCACUAGUAAAGCAUCUCUGACUUUAUCACCUGGCGGCAUCGACAAGGUCUCAGAGGCAGCCACCACGCCGACUCCUGCAGCAGACCAGAGAAGUCAUCCAUCAACCAAGCCUGCAAGUGCUGACCAGAGCCCUGCCAGUGCACAGCCAUCAUCCCCAUCCCCGGGGGACCAGGCAGUGAGCAGCAGUCCCUGCCACCAGCACCCUAACAUUUCAUUCCAGAAUGAGGUCAUCUGUAAAGACCAAAUGCAAAAUAAUUGGCCCACCAUAUACCUGAAAGAAGCUAAAACCUGUGCUGAGUGGAGGACCGCCAGCACCAACGUGUCCUUCUUUGAGAGCUUCUGCUCCACGGCCCAGCACGUGUUCAACGCCAGCAGGGAGACGUGCACAGUGACGCUGAGCGCCCACGAGCCCCGCUCCCAGCUCUGGGCUGUGCAGGUGGUCAUACACAUCCCUUUGGACCCUGAAAAAGUCCUCGAGGAGCUGAAGGAGAAGAAGGACAAGUUAGAAGAGCUCGGCAUCGCCAACAUCACCUAUGACAGAAUGGAGAGGGAGAUGAUCAUCACGGAUGAGUUCAGCACACCCUUGAUCAUCACCAUCGUCACCCUGGCCGGCUCCCUGCUGCUGAUCGCUGCCAUCUACGGCUGCUGCCACCAGCGCUUCUCCCAGAAGAAGGAUCAGCACAUCCACCCUGAUCUCCCCGGGUUUGAUGAUGGACAUGUGGCCCUGAUCUUUAAUCGCCUGACCGAGGAGCUGCAGACAAUGGAGAACGGGUACCACGAUAACCCCACGCUGGAGGUGAUGGAGACCUCCUCCGAGAUGCAGGAGAAGAAGGUGAACCUCAACGGGGAGCUGGGGGACAGCUGGAUCGUGCCUCUCGACACCCUCAUGAAGGAGGACCUGGAGGAAGAGGAGGACACGCAUCUAUAGGAUGCGGAACUCGAUCAAGCAGACAAACCACCAUCAACCCCCCCCAAAAGAACCCCACAAUUCCUACACACACGCACACACACAACUCCAAAACAAGGCAGAAAUCCCAACAAACCUCAGAAAAAUCCAUUCAUGAACUAAUCAUGGCCCCUCGUGCCAUGAAAGAGGAAGGGACAUGAGAAGACACCUCUGGGGCGCAUCGUCAACAUAAGCCACUUGUGGUGGCUGCAUCUGGACAGGCAUCUCCAUCACCUAUGGGUGCUCAGCAGGACCUACCACACCAGCCAUGGGCUAAUGGGGUGGCUUUGCUCCUGAAGAGCUGCUGGUGUCUCCUCUGAGCGUGUCCCCUCCCAUCCCAUGUCCAACCACACCAACUGCAUCCUCCAGCUAUCGAAUCACCCAGAGAUGAAGAGAAAUAGAUGUAAAUAGGGUGGGAGAGGGAGCACAUCUCCUCACAGCAAUUAGAGCUAGAAAGUCCUCUGGCCCACGCUGUUUAGUCAUCACUCUGCCCUCCCCAAUAGCCGGGUAUUGAGUGGAACAGACUCUUCCUUGAGUUUUAAUCCAGUUUCCAUCCUCUCUCCAUAAACUGCCAGCUGAAACGCA